AUGGCUACUGGCCACCGCCUCCUGCUGGAGAACGCGCGGCAAGUGGUGCUGGUGUGCGCCCGGGGCGAGCGCUUCCUGACCGGGCCCGCGCUGCGCAGCCUGGCCGUGCUGGAGGGUGCCAGCCUGGUGGUGGGCUCGGAUGGGCUUAUAAAAGCUAUUGGCCCUGCGGACGUUAUCCAGAGACAGUUUUCCGGAGAAACUUUUGAAGAAAGAAUUGACUGCUCUGGGAAAUGCAUCUUACCAGGACUGGUGGACGCGCACACACAUCCUGUGUGGGCUGGCGAAAGGGUCCAUGAGUUUGCCAUGAAGUUGGCAGGAGCCACUUACAUGGACAUUCACCAGGCCGGAGGAGGGAUCAACUUCACGGUGGAGCACACUCGCCAGGCCUCGGAGGAGGAACUCUUCUGCUCCUUCCGGCAGCGGCUGCAGUGCAUGAUGAGGGCCGGCACCACGCUGGUGGAGUGCAAGAGCGGAUACGGCCUCAACCUGGAGACGGAGCUCAAGAUGCUGCGCGUAAUCGAGCGCGCCCGGCGGGAGCUGCCCCUGGACCUCUCUGCCACUUACUGCGGGGCUCACUCAGUCCUCAAAGGGAAAACUGUCAUUGAGGCCACUGAUGACAUCAUCAAUAACCACCUGCCAAGGCUGAGGGAACUCAGCAGAAACGGGGACCUACACAUUGACAACAUAGACGUGUUCUGUGAGAAGGGUGUCUUUGAUCUGGAUACCACCCGAAGGAUUCUUGAGGGUGGAAAAAAGAUGGGGUUACAGAUCAACUUCCACGGGGAUGAACUCCACCCGAUGAAGGCCGCGGAGCUUGGGGCUGAACUGGGAGCACAGGCGAUCAGUCAUCUGGAGGAAGUAAGUGACGAAGGCAUCGCUGCCAUGGCUGCCGCUAAGUGUUCCGCUGUCCUUCUACCUACCACGGCCUACAUGCUGAGGUUGAAGCAGCCUAGAGCCAGGAAGAUGCUCGAGGAGAGAGUCAUAGUUGCCCUGGGCAGUGAUUUCAACCCCAAUGCCUACUGCUUUUCAAUGCCGAUGGUCAUGCACCUGGCCUGUGUGAACAUGAGAAUGUCCAUGCCCGAGGCCUUGGCCGCUGCCACCAUCAACGCAGCUUACGCGCUGGGGAAGUCUCACACACACGGAUCUUUGGAAGUUGGCAAGCAGGGGGAUGUCGUCAUCAUCAAUGCCUCCAGAUGGGAACAUUUGAUUUACCAGUUCGGAGGCCAUCACGAAUUAAUUGACUAUGUUAUAGCUAAAGGAAAAGUCAUCUACAAAAAGUGACAGAGCUAGACCAAUGAGAUAGCUCAGUGGGUAAAGUCUCCUGUCACCAAGGCUGCUGACCGGAGUUCAAUCCCUGGGACUCACAUGGUGGGAGGAGAGAACUCCUAAGAGUUACUCUCUGACCUCCAGAAGCUCACUGUGAUGUGUACCCGACUCCUCCGCUCCCCGCGACGCUGCCACGUAAAUAAAUGUAGUAAUAUAAGAAUGUAUUCUAAUAAUGAUAGGUCUGGAAGGAAAGAGAAGACGCUUUCUCUGUAUCAAUUAAAUCUACAUAAGUUACAGCACUUCCGUAGUUUGCCAGAACCACGUCAUUUCAACCUAAUCGUAUGUCACACCCUACUGUUAGCUUGAAAACUCAAGGGAUUAGCUUAUUUGACUUGAAUGUGUGUGCCUGGAUGUGUAAACAGGCAAACCUAUUGGGAUACAAUGUAGAGUCGUUUCUCAAAGGCUGGCUACAGAUAUUCUGGGGUGGGUAUGAUGAGAUAGCUCUGCUCCUCUGUGGAGAAACACACUUGUCCUGAGAGUUUCGUUUUGUUUUUGAAAGUGAUCUGCCCCGAUGAGGCCAACGGGACCAUUUCCUCAGAAACAAACAGAAUCUUCUCUCCCCACAGUUUGUCUUUUGAGAUGCUUUCUAGUCUGGGGCAGAAAGUGGCCUUCCAUUUUUAACAUCUUGUCAGCCUUUGGAAUGAAGCUUCAUCACAGAGUUGAAUACUUGAUAUCUUGCACAGACAUGAAAAAUCUCCUAUAUGAAUGCAUUUUUAUUAACACCGACGAAGUAGCUUUAAAAAAAAUCUUCCUGCUAAAGCCUUUUCAUAUCACAAAGCUAUGGAAAGGGUUUUAUUGUAUAAAUAUUGCCACCAUUGCUCCUGCAGCCCCGGAAGUAGUACAGCAGUGUUGUCUACAGCGUGUUUGGAUUUCAAAGAACAAAUCACAAAAUCAUUUGCAGAGGGAAUGAUUAGUUGUAUAAACUGGUAUCUCUCACGCCACAUCGGCUUACUUGGAAACCUGUAAAACUGUUUCUGUGAUCUUUGUGAUCGUAGCAUUAUCGAACACUGUCCAAUUUACAAAGUAGUGAUUUCACAAAUAAACAUUAGUUGCCAAACCAUCGUCAAA